CGACCAAACACAAUCUCGUAGUAAGAAGCAGCGGCUCCAUUUUUCUUCUCGACGAACAAGCAUUUCACACUCCGUCGGACGCUAUCCACCAUUGUCAGCGCUGCGUGGUUAUUCUCAGGCAAGUAGUGAAGAAGUUUCGAACUCUAGGUCUUUCCCAGAACCCGGGUUGCUCCGAUGGAGGACGCCCAAGAGUUGGAGAAUAAGUUGUAUGAGGGAGUGAUUGCAGAAAAAGAAUCACAAAAGAAGGAUGAAACCUGUGAUGAAGUGCUUUCUCGGCACAGGAAAGAGAUAUCACAAUUGCAGAAGAAGGAAGUUGAACUGAAAAAGGCAGCAGCUAGAGGUAGCAAGGCGGAGCAGAAAGCCAAGAAGAAGCAAGUGGAGGAACAGAUUGCUCAACUUUCUGCCAAGCUUAAAGAGAAGCAUGCGGACGAACUCUCUACAUUAGGCUUUGGCAGUAGUAAUGGAAAUGAAAAGAGCAGUUUGGACAGUUUGGUGAAGGCCAUAGCUGGAGUCUCAGUUACCAGUCAACCCGAUCAUUCAAAGGUCAGCAAGGCCAAACAGAGGCGAGACCGAAGGGCUCAACAGGAAGCAGAAAGGGAGCAAAGAAUCCAAGCUGAGCAGAGUGACAUUGUCAGUGAUCGUAUGGUUGAAAACGAGAAGUUGGAAAAAAAGCUGAAGCCUCUUGGCUUGACUGUCAGUGAAAUAAAGCCAGACGGGCAUUGCCUAUAUAGAGCUGUUGAGGAUCAGCUGGCCCUCCUCUCAGGGGGUGCAUCUCCUUAUACAUACCAAGAACUUAGAGAAAUGGCGGCGGAAUAUAUGAGAGAGCAUGCAUCUGAUUUUCUUCCAUUUUUCCUGUCAGAGAAUCUGGUAGAAGGUGAUCCUGAUGAAUCGCUUACCCAGAAGUUUGAAAAUUACUGUAAAGAGGUGGAGUCAACAGCAAUAUGGGGCGGACAACUAGAGCUAGGCGCCUUGACUCACUGCCUGAAAAGGCAUAUUAUGAUAUUUUCGGGCUCCUUCCCAGACGUUGAGAUGGGGAAAGAGUACAAAUCUCAAGGCAUCGCUGAUUCCUCAGACUCGAGUAUCAUGCUGUCAUACCAUAAGCAUGCUUUUGGACUAGGCGAGCAUUACAAUUCUUUGGUUCCAGACCCGAUCAACUAGGUAUACCAUGAGGAUCCUGUUAUGCGUGACUUCAUUUAUGGUUAAGCUUUUAGGCUUUAAGCUGAACAAUUUAUGCUUGAAAUUGGAACCACUGAAUCCCAAAUGGGUAUAACUGUACAGUUAUGUACUGUGCUUCCCAGUGUGCAAUGUAUUCAUUAAAUCAACGAUGAAACUCUCAAUCCAGCCAAUUCAAGUAGCUCAAA